AUGGCCAUGCAUUUUGUCGACAGAAGCAAGUUCUCAGGACGCUCUGUGAUGCAGGUCGUUACAUCGAGCGAUAAAGAGAAGACGACAAAUCAAGUGACCCCAGAAGGAGAGCCACAAAAACAUGCGUUUGCUUCUGCCAUAACUCGGGUGAUGUUCAAAACAGGUCGUUUGACAAUACCUCCUGAGAAUGCCUUGGAUAUCUGCGGUUUCUUGUCGAUUACGACGAUUAAAUCUUUCGCCGAAGCUUCCGGUUGGUGA